GGACUGCAAGCCUGCACAGUUUUGAGAGGGAGAUGACUUGAGUGGCCUACUUCUGUCUCCACAACAAUGUCCAUGAACAAUUCCAAACAGCUAUUGUCUCCCGCAGCUGGGCUCCUUGCAAACACAACCUGCCAGACGGAAAACCGGCUUUCAGUAUUUUUUUCAAUAAUCUUCAUGACAGUGGGAAUCUUAUCAAACAGCCUUGCCAUUGUUAUUCUCAUGAAGGCAUACCAGAGAUUUAGACAGAAGUCCAAGGCAUCGUUUCUGCUUUUGGCUAGUGGCCUGGUAAUCACAGACUUCUUUGGCCAUCUCAUCAAUGGAGCUAUAGCAGUAUUUGUAUAUGCAGCUGAUAAAGACUGGAUCCACUUUGACCAAUCAAAUGUCCUUUGCAGUAUUUUUGGUAUCUGCAUGGUAUUCUCUGGUCUCUGCCCACUUUUUCUAGGCAGUGUGAUGGCCAUUGAGCGGUGUAUUGGAGUCACCAAACCAAUAUUUCAUUCUACGAAAAUCACAUCCAAACAUGUGAAAAUACUGUUGAGUAGUGUGUGCUUGUUUGCUGUUUUCAUAGCUUUGCUGCCCAUCCUUGGGCAUCGAGAUUAUAAAAUUCAGGCGUCAAGGACCUGGUGCUUCUACAACACAGAACACAUCGAAGACUGGGAAGAUCAAUUUUAUCUUCUACUUUUUUCUUUUCUGGGGAUUUUAGCCCUUGGUGUUUCCUUCUUGUGCAAUGCCAUCACAGGAAUUACACUUUUAAGAGUUAAAUAUAAAAGCCAGCAGCACAGGCAAGGCAGGUCUCAUCAUUUCGAAAUGGUCAUCCAGCUCCUGGCUAUCAUGUGUGUUUCCUGUAUUUGCUGGAGUCCAUUUCUGGGAUAAAGGAUCAUUUUGAAUUGAGAAAAGAAGUAUAAAGUAUAUGAAGAGAAAAAUGAUUUCUUAUGUAG